ACAUGAAGCACUUUUGUUUUUUUGUUGUUAUGAAACUUUAUUUUUUCUCUCUCUCAUAUUAUUAUCUCUCAUCUUUGUUCUUACUUGGAAUUUUCAUCCAAAAUACUUUCCCUAUUUUUUAAAGACAAAAAAAAAAACCAUUUUCCCAUUUUUAUUCCUCUGCAUCAGACACUGGUACUUCACUUCUCUGUUUCAAAUUUCAUUCCAUGUUUUUAGCAACGCAUUCACAAAACACAUAGUAACAGUUUUCCCAACACUUUUUCUUUUCCCAUGUUUUUAUGAAAUUGGUAAGUUUCUUUCUGUUCUCAAUUACUAUCUCGUGCACGCACGUUACCUAGUUUUCUCAGAACGUGUUUCCUUUUUAGUCAACCAUUUUUGCUGUCAAUGUUUUGAUCUGUCUUCUUAUGUUGCUUCAAACUCUGUUUUGUCUCUGUAUCUGCACAAAAAUUCUUUUUUUUUUAUAGAAAAAUAAUUAAAUUUUCUUAUACCCUUUUUGGUUGCUGAGAAUAAAAGCUGAGUAGAAUGAAAGAAAAGUGGAAAAAAAAAUGUUUUUUUUAUUCUCAAUUGAAUUUUCAUUAAUGGGUUGAACUUUAUUUUUUUUUUUGCAUCAUUCUUUGAUCUUGCUCAAAACAAAUCAAGUUUCAAGCUUUAUACAUUUUCAUCUUUGGAUUUAGAUUUUCUACUAUCAUUCCUUUAUUGGGUCAUUGAAAUUGGAGUUAUUUUGGUGAAUUUGACUUCUGGGUUGUGAAUUUUGAUGAUGGUGUGUAAAUGGAUUAUUGGAUGAUUAAUAAGGAAUAGAAGAAGAGAAAAAGAAAGAGAGAUGAAAGAGGAAUCUACAGGAUUAAUUAUUGGAAUUUCUAUUGGUGUUGUAAUUGGAGUUGUUUUAGCAAUUUCUGCAUUGAUCUGUUUUAGAUAUCAUAGGAAGAGAUCACAGAUAGGGAAUAGUAGUUCUCGGAGAGCGGCUACAAUACCGAUUCGCGCAAACGGUGCUGAUUCUUGUACUAUUUUAUCAGAUUCAACUUUAGGUCCUGAAUCACCUGUAAGGUCUGGUAGAAAUGGCAUGAACUUCUGGAUUGAUGGUUUCAAGAAAAGUAACAUGGUUUCUGCAUCUGGAAUACUUGAAUAUUCAUACAAGGACUUGCAAAAGGCAACAUAUAAUUUCACAACACUAAUAGGACAAGGUGCAUUUGGUCCUGUAUAUAAAGCUCAAAUGUCUACUGGUGAGAUUGUUGCAGUUAAAGUUCUUGCAACCAAUUCUAAACAAGGAGAGAAAGAAUUUCACACUGAGGUUAUGUUGUUGGGAAGGUUACACCAUAGAAAUUUGGUCAAUUUGGUUGGAUAUUGUGCAGAAAAGGGUCAACAUAUGCUUGUUUAUGUCUACAUGAGUAAAGGCAACUUAGCUUCCCACUUGUACAGUGAAGAGAAUGGGAAUCUGGGCUGGGAUUUGAGGGUUCAUAUAGCUUUAGAUGUAGCAAGAGGCUUGGAGUAUCUUCAUGAUGGGGCGGUUCCUCCUGUCAUCCAUCGCGACAUCAAAUCUAACAAUAUUCUCUUGGAUCAGUCCAUGCGAGCCCGGGUUGCUGAUUUUGGACUUUCAAGAGAAGAGAUGGUGGAUAAACAUGCCGCUGUUCGUGGUACCUUUGGUUAUCUCGAUCCUGAGUAUAUAUCUUCAGGAACAUUCACAAAGAAAAGUGAUGUAUACAGUUUUGGAGUGUUACUCUUUGAACUUAUAGCUGGCCGAAAUCCUCAGCAGGGUCUUAUGGAAUAUGUUGAACUUGCAGCAAUGAACACCGAGGGGAAAGUUGGUUGGGAGGAGAUUGUUGAUUCAAAACUUGAAGGAAAAUGUGAUUUUCAAGAACUUAAUGAAGUAGCAGCACUUGCUUACAAAUGCAUCAACCGCGCCCCACGGAAGCGUCCUUCAAUGAGAGACAUAGUUCAAGUAUUAACUCGGAUCCUUAAAGCAAGACACCAAAGAAAUCAUCACAAUAAAUCCCUUUCAGCGACAACCGAUGAUGUUGCAAUAGAUGUUGAUGAACCAGAAAAUAAGGAUCAUGUUACUGACCAUAGAAGAGAUGAAUCUAUAGAUAGUGCAAAUGACAUGUAUGAUUUGUAACAAAAUUGUAUUACAUGUAGUUUUUUUUCUUUUGUUUUAUUUUUCAUUUAUUUUUUGGCUUUGCAUAUGAUAUGAUCUUACUAGACACUAGGAUUUGAGUGAUUUAAUGAUGCCUCACAUCAUUUUCUGUA